GACGUCAUGGUGCAACGCCAUGAUGUCAUGGUGCAGAGCCCGGGCCGCUCAGCAACUUGCAGAGGGGGCGCUGAUGCUGGAAACGGACCUUCUUCGUCGUGGUGGUCUCCUCCCGUCCAUCUCCGGGGGGCAGAGCCAGGCAGGAGCAACAACCGCUCAACUUUGGACUGCGGGGCUUCUGGUGCCAGAGGGCGCUGAGAUCUCAGUUGCAGCAGCAGCAGCAACUGGGGGAGGAGCUCCGUAGUUCAGGGCGGAUCCCGUGGAGAGAUCAGCCGCCGGCUUCAGGAACGCGGAGAAGGAGCCUGGUCGGCGAGGCGCUGGACGUCCUCCUCAGGGUUGGCACCACCACCGCCGCCCGGGCAUGAGGAUGACGGUCGCUGCGGCGGGGGACGGGGGCUCGCCCAAUCCAGGCCCCGCGGCGGUGUCGCUGGGUCUAAGUGUGGCCGUGGUCUCCAGCCUGGUGAAUGGAUCCACGUUUGUGCUGCAAAAGAAAGGGAUCGUGCGCGCUAGAGGACGAGGAACUUCAUAUCUAACAGACAUAGUCUGGUGGUCGGGCACCAUUGCAAUGGCCCUUGGCCAAAUCGGGAAUUUCUUAGCCUACACUGCAGUUCCUACUGUUCUGGUGACUCCUCUUGGAGCGCUUGGGGUUCCAUUUGGAUCCAUUUUAGCUUCCUACUUACUGAAAGAAAAACUCAACAUUCUUGGCAAGCUGGGUUGUCUGCUGAGCUGUGCAGGUUCUGUUGUUCUCAUAAUCCAUUCUCCAAAGUCUGAAAGUGUCACCACACAGGCCGAGCUUGAAGAGAAGCUCACAAAUCCAGUGUUCGUGGGUUACCUCUGCAUUGUCCUUCUCAUGCUCCUCCUGCUUAUCUUUUGGAUUGCACCUGCUCACGGACCCACCAAUAUUAUGGUUUACAUCAGCAUUUGCUCAUUGCUAGGAAGCUUCACAGUGCCCAGUACAAAAGGCAUUGGACUAGCUGCUCAAGAUAUCUUUCACAAUAACCCAUCGAGCCAAAGAGCACUUUACCUCUGUUUGGUCCUGCUGGCAGUAUUAGGAUGUAGCAUCAUAAUUCAGUUCAGGUACAUCAAUAAGGCUCUGGAAUGUUUCGACUCCUCGGUGUUUGGUGCCAUCUACUAUGUAGUGUUCACCACUCUGGUCUUGCUGGCCUCAGCCAUCCUGUUCAGAGAGUGGAGUAAUGUUGGAGUGGUGGAUUUCUUGGGGAUGGCUUGUGGAUUCACCACUGUAUCUAUUGGAAUUGUUCUCAUACAAGUCUUCAAGGAGUUCAAUUUCAGUAUUGGGGAUUUAAAUAAGCCCAAUACGAAGACUGAUUAAUACCAUGAUAUCAAAAGGGACUGGAUGACCCAGAAAAUAAUAAAAGCCUUUCCACUUCUAGGCUAUGGGAAUGACAGAGACUUUGAUUUCUAAGCCCAGAGAACAACAGAGCCUUUCAUUCCUUGUUGGAAUAUGUGAAAUGAAUUGGUGUUCUCAAUCCAGUUUCUCUAGAACUAACUGUUACCAUGCUUCAACUAUCUAAAUGGUAUUAAAAUGGAAUACUCUUAUACCCCUCACGGCAGGCGGGUAAGAACUGCAUCAGUGCAAAAGCUGAUGUAUUUCUUCACCCUAGAAAGGUGAUGUAUACAGUGAAGGUGGAAGUGUUCUGGAAGUUUUCAAAAUGUCUUCCUGAAACAUGGUUGUGAAUAAAUUAAAUCCAGAUUCUGUGCUCCAUUGGGCAGGUGUAAUGAAUGAUAAGCUGUCCCUUUGAAAAAUGUAGAUACACUUCAGAAAUUUAGAUUGGAUUCCCUCCCCCACACCCCCAAUAUCUCUUUUGUUAGGUCACAAAAUUCAUUUUUCUCACAGCUUUAUUUGAGGGUUCUUUAUAUCCAUGUUUCAGAAUCUGCACACUGGAAAAUUUCCUUCCCUCACUGAUUUUCUCUGUAAUCUGGAAUGGCGCUGAAGAGCUCAUAAUUAAGUCCAAGAUACAGAGCAGUGUGUUUGUCUCUCAAAAUAUUUUCUUACCAGGACACAGUUGCUCGCACUUAAGUAAAUACAGCAGUCAGUUUACAGAUACGCCUUUUUGUUCACAGUAAGCAUUUGAAGUGCAUUAACACAUUACAUGAAUUCAGGAGCUUUUAAUAAUCAACAGACAAGAAUGUGAGGAUCAUGGCAGAUUGUAACCACUUUUCUACUUUUUUUUUGGCUGGUCAUUUGUAAAUAGUUGGAAAGUACUUCAGUGCCUUUUGCAUUCUAAAAAGGACCACAUAAUUUGAAUGAAGGUGUGUCUUGAAAACCUCUAUGGGGCAGUUCAUUUUCCCCUAUCAUUUGGCAGUCUUCAUUGCUUACAAACAUGCAAAGUGGUCAGAAACGGCAGCACAAUUUCAUAUAUACUAGUCUGAAUUUAUAACUGAGGUGACAGUGUGGUAACUUCCAUGCACCUCCUGUUGUGUGUGAGUUCUGAAGAGAGGUGUUCUAAAAUUGCCCAUUCACAGCCUUCCAGGUUUUUUUUUCUAACCAAGUAAACUACUUCAUAACACAGGUUAUGAAGUCAGGUUUUGAACUGGCACUUUUGAGGGCAAAAAGAAGGUUGUGGUUAAGUGAUUCUGUAAGAGGAAAGAAAAAUGUUCAAUUCCAGUCAAGGAAAGGUUAGGCCAUUAGCCUAAGUAACUCUUCAGUCAUCCACAAGGCAAAGCCUGGAUAUUGCUGGGAAACAGUUCAGAUUUGCUUGAGACACACAACUCUCUCAUUUUAGCAAAACGACCAGCUAAUUUGGUAUACCCGAUUCAGAUAUUAAGAAUUUACUUUGCUAUAUGCACCUUCAGAUUUCAUUUUAACAGCUUCAGGGUAUUUGAAUAUAUAUUCGUAAUUAAUUUUAACGCAUUUGACAUCAGCCAUAGAAAUAUAUUUUUCCUAUCAGUUCCAAAGAUACAUAACAUAGGUAUUGGAGUAUUGAUCCAAAUAUGCACACCUUUUCCUAAGUAUGCAUUACUUUUAAAAUUCUGUGAACUUGGAAGUUCAGUUUUUGUAUUCACAAAGCAAAUAAGGAAUCGAUGAAUUCAGAUUCCAGCUUCAGCUUCAUUAAAAGCCACUCCUGUCCUGGCAAUAAUGUUACUUACCCUGCGGGGUGCAAGUUAAACAACAAAGUUAAACAACUGCAGCAUAGAGAGUUGUCGGUUUUCUACAUUAACACAAAUAAUCAGUGCAGAAGUUCUGUAAUUCUUGUAAGGUUUGUCUGGAAAAUUACAAAUGGGAUCUCAGUUUCUAAAUUGAAUUUGAUAAAAUAAAAAGGGCAUUUCUCAUGUUGCUUGAGAGUUUAUACAAGAGAUCUAUACUGUUAAUGUUUGGAUUACCCAUAGGUAUCUCUUUCACCUUGUCUACAUAUGUUGGAGUAGAUAAAUAUAAGCCACUUUAAAUGUGAUGGUGGUCACCAGUCAUGACUUGUGAAAAGACCGUUAAUCAAGGGUCCACAAAUGUUGUGUUGGCUUGUACGGUGGUAAUCACCAAAUCACCCUUCCCAAAAAUCUCCUGCCAUGAACAGAAGGCUUGGGAAAGAAGCAAGAUCUUCUCCUAUUUUUGUAGGAUAUGGAGAAAGUAAGAAACAUUGGGAUUCUCCCCCAGUGCUUGGAAUGGAAUCCUGAUGUUUCUUAUCUGCUUCAGAAGUGCAAUUGGGGUCUUCUCGGCGCACCAUGUGUCCUGCUCACCAGAGGACACUUGUCUGAGAAAGGUGGAUUUAUGGAUGACUGCCCUUAAUCAGUAUUCAUAAAGUUUAGGUGUUAGUUUUGUGUGGAAGCUUGCUGUUUGUGAUAGUAAGUUUCUGGAGGGAAGCAUUCCAAGGCACUGUAUUUUUUAAUCAAGCUGUGCUUGACAUUUAAAGUUUUUAAAAGAAAGUCGUUGAGAUGUGGUAAUUCUUUUCUUGGUUUUUUUUAAAAAAAGAUAUAUAUCCAGAGAUUAAAUCACAGUUGCUUUUUUUUUUCUAGCCUUUGACUUAUGAUGACCUCAGUUUAGUUUUCCUUAAUGUAGGUAGGCACACAACUAGGAGUGUUAUCUCAUUCUAGAAAUUAGAGCAAACGCUCGUGUGCAUUAUUGUUCUCUAUAAAAAAGUGCCUAACCAUGUAUGCUGGUACUUAUGCACAUUUAAAAUCCUAUACAAAGGUAUUCUUGACUGAAAGAGGCAUUGUCUGUCUAGGCCUGGGAUGCCUAAGGGGGAAAGGUUGACUGUCUUCCCAAUAAUGUUUCAGGGGCAGAAAUCUAUUUUGCCACCCAAGCAUACCCUGUCGGGCUCCAUCAUAAAGAUUAUGCCAUCUGGAAGGAAGCUCUUUACAAUUAUGGAGAGUGUAUGUUUGUGUGCUCAAGCAUAAUAAAGACAAAUAUAUAUAUAUAUGCUUAUGUAUAACAUACAUGCUGCAGACAAAUCCGAGAGAGAUGUAGCGUUAAAAGUAUGGUAUUUCUCUCAUUCUUGCAACUGAAAAAAACACUUUUGCUUUCCUUAAGAGUGUACGUAUACUUGAUUUACCACCCCUUGAUUUUAAAAGGGAAGGGCUGACAGGUAAAAAAGACCAUGGAGCCUGCCAGCUGGCCAUCCCUUGUCUGGGCAGUAGAGCAUGGCAAGUCCAUCUGAGGCCAUUUGUGGUGCUGUCACCUUUCUGCAAUGCACCCACUCUCUGCUUGUGACACUUUUUGAACUGACUUAUGUAGGUUGAUUUCUGAUAUAUGGGCCUUGUUUUUAGGUGCACUGACUAGCAGGAAUAGAAUAACGUUCUGACAUAUUUUUAGCGGCCUUGCACAUAAUUUAUAUCUUGGCAUUUGACAUUUUGAAUGGCAAAUAGAUGCAUUUAUUUUUGUUACUCUGAUCAGCUGAUAGUUUUCCCUUACGUUUUUUGUUUGUUUUUUGUUACCCUGUGUAAAGGUCAGUUUUCCUGAAUUCCGGGUGUAAAAUAAUCAACAGUAAUAGUAAUGCUAGUAACAAUACUUUCCUUCCAUUCCCUGAUCUUCCUCUGCUGUUACUACUUUGGUUGUUUGUGUGUUUUAAGUUCCUUACAGUAUUGAUUGGUGUCCCAUACUGGGAAAUAAAUAUGCAGUUAUCUCCUCAA